CCCCGCCGGCCGCCCCCGCAGCCUAUGGCCCUGGCAGGCGCCGCUGCCGCCGCCCCGAUUUCUGCUGCACGAUCCCACCUCCCUCUUUAAAAAUUCCGCCGAAAAAGAGAAGACGAUUUUCCAAAGCUUUCGGGCCGUCGCCUCACGGCAAAAUCUCUGAUCAGGUUUACAACUAUCCAGAAGGCCUAGGAGAAGUGCUUUAUAGAGAACAGUUCGACUUCAACGCUGAGCCACCUUGGGAACCUAGCUGAUGAUAGUAGGGUUCCAUCUCCUAACUUGUCCAUUUUGUUGCAUAAUUUAAGGACCCGGAUAUAAGGCUUGGCGGCCCAUCCCUUGUGUUUCUUGGUUUAUGACUGUCGGCUUUGCGGAAUACGGCUGAGAUGAAAGGACUUCCUGAGGAUGCAAACUACUCCAUUGGCCUACUGGAUGAAGGAAUAACUCCUGCAGAUGUUAUUGACAACUAUAUUUUUGAGCAAACUCAUACUGGAAAAAAAGCAUUUUUUGUUGGUGAUCUUGGAAAGCUUAUGAAGAAACACAUUGAAUGGCAGAACAUGAUGGCACCAAUAAAACCAUUUUACCCUGUACGAUGCAAUUCUACUCCAGCCGUACUUGAGAUUCUAGCAGCUCUUGGCACCGGAUUUGUGUGUUCCAGUAAAACUGAAAUGGCAAUGUUACAGGACUUGGCCAUAGCUCCUGAAAAUAUCAUGUAUAUAAAUCCUUGCAAGCAAGCUUCUCACAUAAAGUACGCAGCGAAAGCUGGGAUAAACAUCAUGACUUGUGAUAAUGAUAUUGAGCUACAGAAGAUUGCACGUAAUCAUCCAAAUGCAAGGCUCUUACUACACAUUGCCACAGAAGAAAUUAAUGGAGUUGAGGAGAUGAGUAUGAAGUUUGGCACCACACUGAAGAACUGUAGGCAUCUCAUGGAACUUGCUAAGGAGCUUGAAGUCCAAAUAGUUGGUGUUAAAUUUCAUGUUUCUAACUCCUGCAAGGAACCUCAAGUGUAUCUACAUGCUGUAUCUGAUGCUCGGUGUGUGUUUGACAUGGCUGAAGAAUUUGGUUUUAAGAUGAACAUAUUGGACAUUGGUGGAAGCUUCACAGGUUCAGAGCUUCAGCUGAAAGAGGUUAAUCGUGUCAUCAGUCCAUUGCUGGUUGACUACUUUCCUGAAGAAUCUGGCGUGAAUGUGAUUGCUGAGCCUGGAUGUUACUAUGUUUCAUCUGCAUUUACUCUAGCAGUUAAUAUAAUUGCAAAGAAGGCUGUGGAAUAUGAUAAACAUCUUUCCUCUGGAAUGGAACAAGCCAGGAGCGAUGAGCCAAUCUUUAUGUACUACAUGAACGAUGGUGUUUAUGGUUCUUUUGCAAAUAAAUUGUCUGAGAAGUUGAAUGCUAUCCCAGAGGUUCACAAGAAAUACAAGGAAGAUGAGCCUCUGUUUGCAAGCAGCCUUUGGGGUCCAUCCUGUGAUGAGCUUGAUGAAAUUGUGGAAAGCUGUCUUCUCCCUGAGCUGAGUGUUGGAGAUUGGCUGAUUUUUGACAAUAUGGGUUCUGGUACCUUGGGUGAACGUUCCACCUUUAAUGAUUAUCAGAGGCCACUGACUUACUAUGUGAUGUCUUUCAGUGACUGGUAUGAGAUGCAAGAUGCUGGAAUUACUUCAGACACAUUGAUGAAGAACUUCUUCUUUGUGCCUUCAUGCAUUCAGCUGAGCCCAGAAGACCGCUUUUCCACUGCAGCUUAAACAGGCAUUAACGCUUCAUUUAGACCUGCAGUUGCAAGUCUGUAGUUUGUCUGGUCAACAUUCCAGUAUGGAAGAAAAAUGGAACAAUCCUGAAUUCAUAUCGUCUUCAAAACUUGAAAAAUUAGUAAGGAUAAUUGGGACCAGGCAAAACCAGCUACAACUACAAUUCAUUGGGGGUGGGAGGGAUAGGAAAAGGUGUCAGGAUUUAAACUUGCCAGUUUGUUUAACCCCUGAGCGUUUUAAAUUAAAUAUGCAACAAAAUGGAUGACUUAGUGGAGAUGGAAACCCACCACUUGGGUUCCCUGUUAAACAGUUUACAUACAAGUACACAGUUUUUAUACUAAGGAUUCCUGUUAGAAAGUCUUGUAAAGUUAUUGUCUUUUGCCCAGAUACAUCAAAUGUCAGUGGGAGACCAGUGUGACUUCAUUUAGAUGUUUAGUAUAUUUAGAAUGUGUAAAUUUGUGCUUUGAACUGUAGUUUAAUAAAUGUAAAAUUGCAUCAUA